AUGGGAACUUUACAUUUUAAUUAUGGAAAACCUCAACAAAUUAAGAGUGUUAGCCUUAAUUUUAAAGGCAUCGAAAAAACUACAUGGUAUAGAUCUCAAGCCAGGUCAAAAGCUGUUUAUUCAGGUGAACAUACCAUUGUCGAUCUAUUAGAAGAAGUUUGGAAAACCGAUAGUUCGGAAGGCAUCAUGAAUUUAGAUAUUCCAUUCAAAAUCAAACUUCCUAAUAAUUUACCCGAUACAAUUGAAACAGAAAUUGGAUCAAUUGAUUAUGUUAUUCGAGCAGUUAUUAAUCGUAAAGGGAGUUUAGUAUUAUCAACAGCAACACAAGUUGCAGAAGUUAAAUGCCCAUUAAAAAGAACAUUAGUUUUAAAUAGCUCUGAUAAUGUUCCUCACAAAUUACGUGGAGAAUCCAGAUGUGGUAUCGAUUAUCUUCUUAGCUUACCACCGAAAAAAAAUUUUAAUCCUGGUGCUUACGUUUCUAUCCCUAUGAGAAUUCGAUUUUUAAAACCGGGAGUAAGUGUCGAAAGAAUUGAAAUUGCUAUAAAAACUUGUAUGGAUUUUAGAUGUAGUAUUCCAACCGAGACACGUCAUGUCAAAGAACUUGCAGCAUCUUUAUUAAUUCCACGUCAAGAACUUAGAUAUACAAAUCAAUCAUCAUCUGACCAAUAUGAAA